AUUAUAUUAUCCCUCCUUCGACAAUACAGUUAUAAUCGAGCUGAUCAAUAUCAUUCUCUCCCGAAAAUUCUCAAUGAUCAGAUCGUGUAUAUAUAUACAUAUAUAGAGUACAGUUCAAGUUAGAUAAUUAUAAGGAACAAUGGCCUUUAAAAGCAAGGCUGUUGAUCAAUCAGAUGAAGAGAUUUACGCAUCUCUAGGACUAGAGGUGGAUGAAUAUGAAAAGGGUCCUUCAGGAAUUCCCCGAGUUAUUUUAGUUCUUUCUUCUAUUCUGCAGAGAAUCAUUAAUGAAAACGAGAAAUCAUUGAAGGUAUCAAAGAAGGCAAAGAAGGAUACAGUAACCAUCUUCCAUAGUUUGAGGGCACCAAACUUAAGCAUUCGACAGUAUAUUGAACGCAUUUUCAAGUACAGUAGCUGCAGCCCUUCUUGCUUUGUUGUUGCCUACAUAUACCUCGAAAGAUUCACUCAACGCACCGGCGCUUAUCUUACAACCCUCAAUGCUCACCGGCUUCUGAUCACAACAAUCAUGGUUGCUGCAAAGUUCAUGGAUCAUGACUGUUUUGACAAUGCCUACUUUGCCAAAGUGGGAGGAGUGAGCACAGCAGAAAUGAACAGGUUGGAGAUGAAGUUCUUGUUCACUAUAGAUUUCAGACUCCAUGUAACUACAGAAGACUUUCGGAAAUACUCUUUGCAGCUCCAAAAGGAAGGCCUUGGAGACUACCGAAUUGACCGCCCCAAGAUGAAAUGAAGUCUGGCCUAACAUUUAUGGAUAAGACCAAAUGUGCGCCCUGAUUUGCAGGUUCUGUUUGCCAAAGGGCAUAUCUUUAUAAAUAUUUCUGUAUUGUGUAUGUGUGCGUGUACACACACAUAUCCUUGCUGAUGUAGGAAGAAAUUAGCAAGAAAUUUGGCUCCUACAUGAGGUGAUAAAGCAUUUCGAAAAAAUAAAGAAGAUCAAAUAAUUGACACCGAAACAAAAAUGAAUAAAUUGAUGCCUAUGCUUAGGAUAAGAACAUGUUUCAUUUUACAUUUUUGUUUUCAAUGUCCUCGAAGAUUCAAAACCACUACUCGACUAGUGCUGCUACUCGAUGAAUAUUAGAUCCAAAAAUUUCUUCUUCUUCUUCCUUUUUUUUUUUGUUAGAGAAAGAGGACAGCACCCCAUCGUCUAUUCAAAAAUACUUCACUUAUAACGGAGAAAUACCUUAGAAGCAAUAAUGGAUCACCAACAUUACAAAAACCAAUAAACAAAGAAUCAAAUGACUACUCAAUAUUAACCAAGUCUCAAAUAAGGCGCCCCAAUGUUGUCCAGCUUGAUCCAUCCCUUCACUGCCUGUGGUAAUUCCUGCCAUAUGAACCAAGUCUUUGAGAUUCCUUCAAACCCAUUUUGGCUAAACCAUCCGCCACCGCAUUACUCUUCCUAAAAGAGUGGUUGAUCCAUGAUAUGAAAAAGCGCCUACAAGUAUUUUUAAUGAGAAACACUUCGGGCAGGAGACUCCGUUAAUUUGAGAUAAAUGGAAACCAGUCAACUCAUGACACGUAUGAGACUCUUCAAUAACCAAAUAGACUGUGUUGCAAGGGAAUAUUUACUCAUUUUUGUCCAGCGCCCCCCACCCCUAUCUCUCUCUCUCUCUCUCACACCGAAAACCCCUCUCAGUUGGUGUAUUCUGGAACUGAAGACCACUCUCUCUCUCAUACUGCACGCAAGCAUCACAAAUCAACAACAUCAAAGAUUAUUUUCAAGCCCCCAUUUUCGGUUUUCCAUUGGUGCGUAUUAUUUUUUCAUUAUUUUCCCUUUAUGAGUUUCAUGGGUUUUGAUUUUAUGGGAGAGAAAAAUGGGUUCAAAGCACAGAAAAACUCAGU